AUGGAGCUCCACGAGCUAGUGGCCUGCGGAAAAGAACUCGGGCUCAAGGGUUCGGCCCUUAAGGAAUGGGCGGACCAAGAGAGGGAGAAUACGAAAGCCGCGAGAGCGCAGGAGCAAGAGAAAAGUGUCGAAGCGGAGCACCGAACCCUAGAGCUGAGGAUCAGGCUGCAAGAAUUGCAGAACGCGUCGCCGAUCCCUGUUACCAUUAGUUCCGCCGAAAACGGGACCGGGACAACGCUAUGGAAGAGUCCUCGGUGUUGGCUGCCCAUCUUCGACGAGAAGAAAGACGACCUUGAUGCCUACCUGAUGCGCUUUGAGAGACUAGCGAGCGGGCAGAUGUGGCCCCGCGAACUCUGGGCAACUGCGCUUAGCGUAUGCUUGGCAGGGGAGGCACUUGGAGUCUGUUCUAGGCUAACCCCAGGGGAUUCUGUCGAAUACGAUAACGUAAAGAAAGCGCUUCUGCAGAGGUUUUGGUUAACUGCGGGCGGCUUCCGAGACAAGUUUAGAAGUGCUAAGCCGGAGAAAGGGGAAACCGGUACACAAUAUGCGGCGAGGUUGUCUAGCCUGCUUGACCGUUGGGUCGACCUGUCCGGGACGGCGAAGGAUUUUGCCGCCUUACGGCAUUUGCUGCUCACGGAGCAGUUCGUUCGGAGCGUUCCGUCAAAAAUGUCGCUUUUCUUAAGAGAAAGAAAGAGCAAACAGCUAGGCGAAAUGGCUGACCUCGCAGACCGCUAUCUGGAGGCCCAAGAACAGGAGCCGGCCAGGAGAGAGGAGGCUACACCAGAUUCUGCGGCAAGUGGAUCUCGACCGACAUCGAGCGGUCAGCAGUACAAGGCCAGUAAACUUCUUAAGAAAUGUUUUCUUUGCGGCAGAUGUGGACACCUAGCGGCACAGUGCAAAAGCGGUCAGAAACCGAGCAGCCAAGCUGGGACCUACCGAAAUUGCGGAAAGUUCGGUCACACGUCCAUUCAAUGUUGGAAACGGGAGGGAGGAUCGCAAGUUUCCUGUGUUCAAGCAAGCAGGGAGGAGCUGGACGCAGUAUACGGUCGUGUGAAAGGUUUCUAUGUCCUGCUAAGGGAGGGCACCAAGGUGCCAGUGGUAAACGCAGUGUCCGGGACUUCUCGCCUGGUGGGAGACAUGCCUGUAGUUGCCGGAAAGCUUCACGGAAAGGCUGCCACUGUGUUGCGUGACACAGGCUGCAACACUGUCGUAGUGCGCCGAAGCCUCGUACCAGACGACAAACUUACCGGAACGUCGAGUCUCGUAUACUUGGUGAACGGGACUGCGAGGGUCUUGCCCGAGGCCAGGGUGCAUGUUGAGACUCCUUUCUACAGUGGGAACGUCCUGGCUAAGUGCAUGGAGAACCCUUUAUAUGACCUGAUUUUGGGUAACCUCCCUAACGUGCGCGCUCCCAGCGAACCGGAAGCUGACUGGAAUAGACCGGGGAAAACUGAAGUGGGUUUGCCACACGAUGAGAAGCAAGAUGUAGAGAUUCGUGCCACCGCAGCCAUGGAAACAAGGUCCCAGAGACAGGCGUGA